AUGUUGAUCGGCAUCGCGGGUUUACUAGUUCAGUCCCUCCUGGUCGUGGAGGAAGUCGCGUGGAAGCAGUUAGUGAGCUUCUACAUGGAAAAGCAGAUCACGUCCCUGGAUGCCGUCCUGGAUCCGUCCACCUCCUUUGCCCGACGGGCAGGCGACCGCGUCGACAGGACACUUGGGAAGGACCCAAUUCCGAAGUUCUCGGAUCUUCAUUCCUCGCCGUUUGAAGACGAACGAGACGAGGAGGUUGCAGCAGUCGCCGUUCAAUCCCAGGCAUCCAAUCAUAUUGCUCACGCACGGGUUCACAGAGCAUGGACAGACGCCGUGGCUGCUGGUCCAAAACUUAAUGAGGAGCUGCUGAAGUUUAGAGACCAGAACGUGGUGGUGUUGAGCUGGUUCGGGACAUCAGGACCACCAUUUUUUCAAGCCCUGGCCAACAUCCGCCUCGUCGGAGUCAUGGGUGCUCAUUUCCUCGCCUUCCUCGCCAGGGAGGUUGGGACUCCAAUAGAGGAAAUGCACGUGGUUGGUCUGAGUAUGGGAGCUCACCUGGCCUCCUACAUCGGAUCGGCGCUCAAGGACAUGGGACAGGGGAAACUGGGUCGCAUCACCGGCCUCGACCCAGCUGGACCCCAUUUCGAACACACGGAUCCCCUGGUGAGACUCGAUCCAGAGGAUGCCCUCUUCGUGGAUGUCAUUCACACCGACACUGCUCCUCUCUCAGUAUUUGGAUUAGGGAUGACUCAACCAUUGGGUCACCAGGAUUUUUAUCCCAAUUUCGGCCCUCGCAUACCCGGAUGUGGUCUCUCGCUCCAGGAUACUCUUCAAAAGGGGAACGGUUCCAUCCUCUACGGGGUGACCCACUUGGUGACUGUGGUCCUGGCGGAUCUCCAGAUCUCGGACAAACAUGACGGAGAUAUCGGCAAAUUUCACAUCACUCUUCACGGCUCUCGCGGCUCUUCCUCCAGGUCACGGCUCGGAGAUGACGAAUUGCGCGUCAGGCCUGGCCAGAGAUUCAGUUUCCUGAUUCCAUCACCUGAAAUCGGGGAAAUCGAGGAGAUUCUCGUGGAAUGGGAACACAAGGAAAAGGCCACGAAAGCUCAGAAAAAGCGGUCGCUCUCGCAAUCCUGGAUAGUCAUCGACCGAGUCGUCGUUCAGACCCUCGAGCGCCGCGCCAAGGUGGCUUUCUGUGGCCGGGGUCGAGAGCUGGUCUCUGGGGAAAGGAUGGCGAUGAGGCUGGAUGACAACCGACGAUGUCUGGAGAAGCCCUUACCUGAUGUCAAUCAGUCGCUUAAGGGAUCUCUUUUCAACUUUCAGCUGAAAGGAAAUGUGGAAGAAUUACUUCGGAAAGGUGAACCCAUACUGGCCAUUUUUAAAUGAUAACUGCUCUCGCCGAUAUCAUCACCUUCAUCAGGCCACAGAAACCAGGAAGAAUUAUUUCAUUGUGAUCA